AGUAUAUUAUGUGAAGGUUAAUUUGAGGAAAAGAUGAUUUAGUAUUUCUCAUGUUUAGCAAUUGAAAUGAGGUAUUGAUCAAAUACAAACAAACAUUAACAUAUAACAGAAUUAUUCUUAUGGUAACAUUCUAACUGUAUUUGUGUGUCUUCACAGUACCAAAAAGAUAACUAAAUUAUGAAGUAUUUAUUAUUGCUUAUGUCUGAAGAAAAUCAUGAAAUAGCAAGAAAACCUUACCAAUUAUUGAGACUGGUAAAAUAUUUCUGCAAUUUAUCUAGCAGAUGGCCAAAUUUAAAUUUUUAAAAAUUGAUAUAUGCUAUGCUAUUGAAGCAUAUAAUUGUAUGUGUAUUAAAUUUAGGAAAGUAGUGAUGUAGCCAAAUUUCAUUUAGAUUAUUAUGCAUUAAAAAAAAUCUUUCUCUACAUUUAUAUAUAAUGCAGUCAAAAAGCUCUGGAACACUCUGUAUGAUUAUUUAAAAAAUAUGCAUAUGGUUGUGUCACCACUUUAUCAACCUGACAGUUUUAUUUGCAAACAAAAUGGAAACAGUGUUAAUGUUUUCAAUAGAGCUGUCAAGAAAAUUACUGGUGUUAUUGAAAUCACUGGGGUUGUAAGUGGUGAGUUUUGUCCGAAGGAAGCUGGUGAGGUCAUCCCAAUCGGCACAUGAUAAAUUAUAAUGUAGUGAAAGGUUGGUGUUACCAGUGAUAGUUACAUUAUUUAUCAUAAAGUGGAGGUAGGCAUGUUCACUGAGUGAAUCUUCCUGGAGGACCCUCCAGCCCGUGACGAGAUUAGAGCACUGAAAUGAGGCAGCAGUAAUGUCAAUCCAGCUGUGGCACCUAGAACUGUAGAAUGUUGGGGAAUGUGGAUCGUUUAUGAGAAUUAAGUUAUUGGUGGCAAGAAAAUCACCUAAGGCAGUCUCUCUGUCAUCCAGAUGCUCACCCCCCCAGGCAGGGGAGUGUGAAUUGAAAUCACCAACAAGGAGAAGAUGGUUGUACUGAAGGUUGUUGAUAGUGUCUUGGAGAUGGUCCAAGAAGCUGUUAAUAUUGUUAUUGUACGGAUAGUAGACGUUAAUGAUAAUGAUGGUGCUGUUAUUUAUAGUUGUCUCAAUGCACACAAUGUGCUCAUUGCUGUGCUGUGCUGGCUGUGAAGAAGAAUUGGAAAGUUUUUGUUGUUUAUGACAGAGAUAGCCCAAGGGUAGUUCGUUGUUCUUUUUAUGACAGUAGUGGAAGUGGGAAGACAUGCAGGGACGUUCCUUUGACAAUAUGGCUCCUGAAUGAAAAUAAAGUCGUAUUUGUUGAUGUUGGCAGUUAAGAGGGAAGUGGCAUUAAUGCCUCUGCCCAAGUUGAUUUGGAGAAAACUUAUUUCUUGUUGAUUAUUCUGAGCCAUAAUCGGUUUUGGAGAUAAUGUUUAGCUUGUUUCUUUGAUAGACUGGGCAGGAGCUGUCUCUAGCAUUAUGAUCAGUGUUCACGAGUUUCUCAUGAAGGCAGUUGCAAUAUUCUGGUUUCUUUUCUCUGUUAUGGCAAUCUUUAAAUGAAUGUUCCUGGUGGCAGUGGCUGCAAGUAUUUUUAGUGUGGGCACAGUUUUUUGUUGAAUGCCUGUAAGCGCAGCAAUGGAAGCACUGCAGGACUGGGCAGAAGUCACCCAUCCUGCAGCGGGACCAUUCAAAAUUGAUUUUUCCGAUCAUUAGCAAGUACUUUCAUAACUUAGGUGUUACUUCUAAAACAUGAUUUUUAAAUUUGGCUUCUUUUUUCCCAGUGGUAAAUUUUAUUCAAAGUUGUUGACCAAAUUCCUCUUUAGAGAAUGUUUCUUGGAUGAGGUUGUUCUGAUCGUACAUGCAUUUUAUAAUGCCCUCAUUUGACUUGUGGUUGGGGACAGAGUAUAAAAUCAUGUGAGGCUUCCUUUUCUUAGGGAGCCUAGUACUGACAUCAGGAAGUUUUUCCCUGAUGCUGAUUUCAAGGUUGGCUAUAUCUUCUUGUUUUUUGAGGUCACUUGCAACACCUCCACCAGCGAUCUUUCUAAUACGAUCAACAUCAAUUUUCAAGGCUGAAGGCUGGAUUUCCAUUUGCAGCAGUUUCUGAAGUUUUUCACUAGUGAUGUUUUCAUUCUUGCUGUAAACCAGCAGGACAUUAUUGGAAGCUGCACGCAUUGCUUGUUUUGCUUUAUAGGGCAUGUUGACGUUAAUACCUGAUUUUAGCACUGUGCUAUAUAAUGGCUGGGUAAAAGCGGUUGUCUUUGCUGUCCCCAGUGUUUAAAUUUUCUAUGAUAUUAUCCUGUUUUUCCAAAAUUUUGCUGUCCUUCUUGUCUUCCAUUAAUUGGUCUAGCUUGGCAGAAAUUUCUUCUAGUUUUUGUAUACCAGUGUGGUUGGUGAAAAUGUCUAUUAUACAUUCAACGCUUUUGAUGAUAUAUUUAGGAUGUUGCUGUUUGCCAAUUUUGGUGUCUUUAUUAUUAGCCAGAUAAGCCGUGAGUUUGUCUAAGACCUCAAAUGCAGCCAUCCGCUGGUUGGUAGUAUUUAAAAAAUUGUCCUCAGACAUGGUUGCAGAUAAGACAAACACAGUGUGGGUCAGUUCCCACACCUACAUCAGAUGAGUGAGGAAAAUGGAAGAGCCCGGCCAACACACUAGUUUACGACCGACACCAAAAAUUAUCAACUAUGCGUAAACUGAAGUACAGAACAGAAACAAAAGAGCAGGGGUACUCACUGCAAAUAUUUUACUUUGUAAUCCAAAGGAAAAUGUCCCACGGAAGGUCUCUGUGAUGAGCCACCGAAGAGAAGUUGCAUGUUCCCUCAGUGAAGACUCCAGAAGUUGAGGCACACCGGUGAAGUCUUAGCCAGCUGUCUAUAAGGCUGAGGUCUCUGUUGAAAAACGGCCAAGCUAGCUUGGCCAUUUUGGUAGAGACACUGGACAAGGAAGCUUGAUUUGCGUGGAGUGCAACAGGUGAGGGCUAUGGCACCAGCCGUCACUGGCAAUCCAAACAGAUGGGAAGGACUGGUCUGCUUGGUUAGCGGGUCCCCUACAUAACCAAAAACAGAUGAGGGUGUCACACCAACACAACAAAAUACGCAAUACACAAGGUGAUGACACAACACAAUAUCCACCAGUUAUCCAAUGGGCAUGUAAACACAAACACCUGGAAGAUGGAAACCUGAUAUCCAAAAUGGCCGAUGCCAUUGUCUUCAAGCACGUUCCAAAGCCAGGAAGACAAGAUGGAUGGCACAAAACUCCCAGGCAAAACUAAAUAACUUUAGGUAAAAAGUUAGGUUUAGCGGUGUUAAGCUUAGAACCAGCAAUAGAACUAGAUAGGCCUAAUAUUAGGCUUAACUCAACUAAACUUUGCAAAAACAGAUUCUGGAGCAGAGUAAAUACACAACUUACCUGAUUGAAGAACAAACUCAGAAUCUUCUUAAAUUCAUCAUUUAAAAUUUUUAAAUCAAUAAUAAUUUUAAAUCAGUAGAGGUAAAGAUAUAUAUACAGUACAGUGGAUUCUGCUUAAUUAGGCCGCUGGUUAAUCGGGGCAGCUGCUUUAUUGGGCCAAAUCUCAAAGAACAGAAACCAAACUAAUACCUAAUUUAAUUGCUUAAUUGGGACAGUAGCAGAAAAGGAAUUUAGCAAUUUUUGAUAUAUUUUAGGGAUCUUCUGAAAAUAUGUAGACACUACUUAAACUAAUGUUGUGUAGGCCUAAUGGUUGGCAGAGACAAAAUGAUUUUGUCUUUCACUUGGACAGUUUGGUUUUUCUGGGGGGUCAGCAUAGUGGGACAUAUCACACAGUUAUCCCAUCUGAGGCAGUCCUUAAUUCAAGCUACUAACCCUGCUCUGGAUUGGACCAGACGAUCCCCUUUAAAGCAAAGGGACAAAGAUCCCUGGACAAUUUUUCAAGGUCUCUCAAUUGAAUUAGAAGACAGCUAGAGUUCCUUGGAAGGUAUUAUGUGCAUAAUUACAUCUAGAUUAGGACAUCAGCCAUCCAAUUGUUGAGACCAGUAUCCGGAGCUGGCAGAUUCUAUGGACAAUCCUGCCGAAGUGGCCCAUCUCAAGUAAAGGAAACUGUGCUCAAAGGAAGACUGUAAGGUGACUUUUGGAUGAACCCUUUCCUUUCUCCUUUUUUAGUUAGAACAUGUUCUAACUAAAAAGGGAGAAAGGAAAGGGUUUGAUCAGGAACGAAUCCAACAGGUACAUCACUACUAAUACAGUACUGUAUUUGGCAACACUAGUGUGAUGUGAAUCAGUUAUCUAUUGUCAUGAGUCUGGCAAAUUUAUAUUACAAAUAUUUUCUCUAUUUUGGUUUAAUAAAGCAUUAAACUAAGUACCUAAUUAUUAUUUUUUAUCUACUUAUUUAUUUACCUAUGUAUUACAUAUUUUAUUUUGGAAUUUAAUAUUAAUUCAUUUAAUUGGGGCACCCACUUAAUCGGGCCAAAAUGGAUUAGUCCCAAUGCAUCCCAAUUAAGUAGAAUCCACUGCAUUCCUGAUUACUUUAUUAUAGCAGUGUUUGCUUUUUAAAAAUGUUUAUAUUUAGCUGUUCUUAUUAUUUUGCUAAAAAGAUUAAAUUCUUUACAGCAGGAAUAGAAAGGCUAUGUAAAAAACUUAAUGUUUUUGAGAACAAAUCUUUGGAACCAAAAGUUUCUGUUUAAAAUGUUUCUAAGAGAAGUUUUAUCUUUAUUUAAUGAAGAAUAUAUAACCAGAGAGACACUCACAGGAAAAGAGAUUGAGAUUGACAUUGAACCAACAGAUAGGGUUGAAAGGAUAAAGGAAAGAGUUGAAGAAAAGGAAGGAAUACCACCUGCUCAACAAAGAUUGAUUUUUAGUGGUAAACAAAUGAAUGAUGAUAAAACUGCAGCAGAUUAUAAAGUGACUGGUGGAUCAGUCUUACAUUUAGUGUUGGCUUUACGUGGUGGUGUAUAUUGAAGAUUAGGAAUCUCCAUUAUAAUAAACUGAAGAAUUUGGAAAAUUCAAAUCGGUUUUAUAAUAUAUUUGUUUAUCUGGUUUGAAUAUGUUUCAUUUUCUAUAACGACUGCAAAAUGUUUUUUCUAUGUAUGUUUGUUAAAAUAUAAA